AACAAACCCAUCGACGAAGACGACGUCGUAUGAUUCGCCCAGCUAUGAGCUUCCGAUCUCCGCUCCCCCAUUCGCCGUCCAUCUCCCCCACUCUUCCGCCAUUGUUGGCUGAUUUGAGCUCCGGAGCUGUAAUUCAACUCCCCUCUCCCCCAAUACCUCUCUAAAACCCCUCGCCCGCAGUUGAGAGAGCAGCUUCCGCACGCUAUGUUAGGCAGCCGUGUACUGUCCUCUGUUCUGAAGAGGAACAAACAGACGAUCGGCAGCACAAUCUCCAGUAUCGGACGGAAGCCGCCGCCGCAGUUCAGCCGGCAGCAUUUCAAAGAACUUCCGACAUCUCCGUCGAGGUCCUUCUUCCACGCAUUUCGAUCUCUUCCAAAGGGUGGUCAUAAUGCGGGUUCGAUGAGGAAUUCUUCGACUGUGGCAUCAGUUGGGUUGGAGAGUAAGGAGGGAGUGAAGCUGCUGGUAACAGCAGGGCCUCGCGCGCAGAAGAUGGUGGGGAUUUGGCUCUUUGGCUCGGCUGCCUGGGUUUUCAGCAUGGUGAUACUUGGCGGUGUAACUCGACUUACCCGUUCUGGUCUUUCCAUGACGGAUUGGAAGUUCACCGGUCAGCUCCCUCCUCUUUCCGACGAAGAAUGGUCUAAAGAGUUCGAGAAAUAUAAGCAAUCCCCCGAGUACAAACGUGUCAACAAAGGGAUGAGCCUUGAUGAUUUCAAAUUUAUUUAUUGGAUGGAAUAUGGCCAUCGAAUGUGGGGAAGAGCACUUGGUCUGAUGUUUGCUGUCCCGUUUUCAUAUUUCAUGCGUAAGGGGUAUAUAACAGUGCAACUUGGACUGAGACUCUCUGGUCUAUUUGCCCUUGGUGCUGGGCAGGGUAUGAUUGGUUGGUGGAUGGUCAAAAGUGGUUUGGAGGAACCAGCAUCAGAAUAUGCAGAGCCUAGAGUUAGUCCUUACCGUCUAGCGGCGCAUCUCACUUCAGCAUUUGCUAUCUAUACCGGCCUUUUCUGGACUGCACUUUCUGUUGUGAUGCCUGAACCGCCUGCAGAAUCCGUUACUUGGGUCCGGGGGGCAGCAAAAGUUAAGAGACUUGCCCUUCCUGUGAGCCUUAUUGUUGGCGUCACUGCCGUAUCAGGAGCAUUUGUAGCUGGCAAUGAUGCUGGACGGGCAUAUAACACUUUCCCCAAAAUGGGUGAAACCUGGAUUCCUGAUGGCAUAUUCGAGAUGAAGCCAUUAAUUCGAAACUUCUUUGAGAACACAGCAACAGUGCAGCUCGACCAUCGCAUCCUUGCCACAACAACUCUAGCUUCAAUAGGUGCUUUGUGGUGGUUCACAAGAAAAAUAGAUCUACACCCUGCAGUGCGAACUUUGAUUGGCAGCACUGUGGGCAUGACUUUACUUCAGGUAAGCUUGGGUAUAUCAACGCUUCUAUCGUAUGUACCUGUUUCUCUCGGCACUGCACAUCAAGCUGGGGCAUUAACGCUUCUAACACUGAUGCUGCUGCUCAAUCACACGGUGCGGAAGCCUUCUUUGUCCCUCCUCAAAUCACUGCCUCAAGUGGCCAAGCCACUUUAUUGAUUAAGCAUUUAAAAGGGUUGUAGUGGUGAAUAUAUUUAGAUCCUUAGGUGCAUACUAUACAUUAUUGUCAUGGGAUUUUGACUUCUUUGGUUAAGAGUUACACAUUGAAGGCCACAUUCCUUGGCUUGUUUCUUUUUGGCGGAUUUUGCAAUUUGAAGGAUGUACUAUGUAGUAUCACGAUGAGUAUUACAGAAUGAUACAGAUUGAAUC